AUGGAGCCCGUGGAAUGUUUGGUAGCAGCGUCGAAGGCGGCUGCAUGGACAGAGGGUGUGGGCAAGAGCAUCGACAAGAUGAUUUCUGGGCACAACCCCCCUCGGGGCCAAGCUGUCCUUGACAAGAUAGCCGAUAUGAGCAACGAGAGCUUCGUUAUCCAGGACAUCUGCAGCACACCACUGGCAGAGAUACUCCCGACCUCGAGCAACGCCUCAGGCAUGGUUUGGAGAGGACUUGCUGAAGGUGCAGAUGGCCUGCGUGAUGUUCCUUUCGUGGGAAACGUUGCUUGGCUUGGGGUCACGGCCGUAAAGCCAGUGCAUUACUUGUUCAAGGUCACAGAUGGGGCGGCAACACUUGCGUUUAGCACUCUUGCGAAAAUCAAUGACUUGGCGAAAAUGCGCGAUUGCGGCAAGCUUCGGUGGUCCUUUAACCAUUUCCAUGUCGUGCUUCGUUGUAAAGAGGAUAGCCGUACGUGGCAACUGGACUUUGACACGGAUGGACUGAAAAUCCAAGAAGUAUAUGCCCCCUACUACAGCACUUACACGACUGGCACACGCAGAUUGACCUCGUCGUGCAUGUUGUAUUGGUUGCGCGGGCUGCCUCGUACCUCCUUGAGUGGCCGCGAAGUGGUUGAUCUUCUUGAAGAUCUCGAUUACCACCACAAGCCAUACAUUCUGCGCCAGAAUGAUUGCCAGCAAUUUGUCGGAGACUUUGUGGCCCGUUGGCGGGCUGUAACAGCUCGCGAAGGCCCCCACGGUUAA